UUGAUGAGAUAUAGUUUACAUGUUUGAAACAAAUACAAUUGAUUGAUUCAUUAUUAUUAUUAUUUCGGAGUGUUUUUUGUGUCCAAGCCCUCACAUUUACUGCAUUUCAUGUCACGACUCGUCCCCGGGUGCAUUAUUAUGUCUAUGUUGCCAUGGUUUCUGUUCGCGUCGCCCCUCCCCUCCUGUGUUACCGCAAUCAAUGUAACCACAGUCACCUAGCUCUUGUUACCUGUCUUGUAUUUAAGUCCUGUCUGCCCUUCAGUCCCCUUUCGGAUUGUGGAUGUCGUCUGAUGUCUUUUUUGUUUCUUGGUUCCUGUCUUUGUUAGUUCUGUUUCACUUGGCCAGUCUGUCGGUCGGUCCGUUAAGUUAUGUUAGUUUGCUGGUUCUGUUGGUCUUGUUCCCCUCAUCCUCCCUUCCAACUACCUUUUCCCUCAAUCAACCCUGGUCCAAGCUGCAUUUGGUCGCCCUGCUCCAUUCCGAUCUGUAACAUUUCAAUGUGCGUCAAUUUCGCGUAAUUCCGCUAUUAUUAGUAUCUUGUCCAUAUUGGUCUCCCUCAUUAUAAUGAAACACUCUUAAUCUUAUUUCUGUUUUAUUUCUUCAGCAAUCGUGGCUCAACGCGCGUGUGAAUCUCUUUUGAGGUCCAACGUGAUGCUACAGUGUAGCCUACUUCGUCGCACACCUGAGGCAAGAGCGUGCACACAUGUGCGCAACAAUCAUGCAUGUUUCAUGAUCGAUCAACGUGAGCUUCUGGCUGCACACACACAUGAGAGGCACGUGCAGAUGACGGGAAAGCCACGCACCGUGAGUCGGUGGAGCAAAUAGGUCAUGCAAGCAAACAAGCGCUCACUCGUAAAUGCAUUGGAUUACACGGAAUAUUUUGGUUGCCGCUGCUCCGUAUACGUGCACAUGCUUCGACCGCGAGCGAGGAGCCCUCCCCUCACCGGAGUUGGCUCUGGAAAGGCGAGAGGAUGCCACAGCCAAACAUGACAAGUGACCGCGCGCAGCACGAGCGGAGCGGGGUUGCACGUCGUGAGCGCGCUCAGUGGGAGUGGAAGCGCGAAGGAAGGAAAGCCACCCGGUGUUGUGGCAUAAAUCCACGAGGUAUGACAACCAGCGCGAGCCCAUCGGGUGCACGUUGCAUCGCGCCGCGUCGGGUUCAGGACCAGCUGACAGGAUGAGCUGAAACAUUACGCGCAAACGAGCCAAGGGCAACGGUCUCCGCUGACCUUUGUGGAAACGAUCCCCGCGUCGCUCUUACCAUCGUCUGGCGGAGGUUCAUGAAGAAUGUAAGCGCGCGCGGAUCGCUCCGAGCGGGCUGGAUGAAGCCCUCGGCCUCAGUGUCAUGCGUCCUGCCCCGCAGCCGAGCGCGCUCCUGAUCGUCGCCGCCGCCGCUUUCCUGCUUUGCACGGGGACGGUCGCGUCGCCGCUGCUCUCGCCGGGCUGCCCUGAGCGCUGCGUGUGCGACGAGCAGUUGGUGGUUCAAUGCGCUGGGCAGCACCUAAGCAGCUUCCCCGCGGACCUGCCCCUGGCCACCCGGCAGCUCAUCAUCUCCAACAACUUGAUCGAGGAGCUGCCGCCGCUGGCGCUCAACUACCUCUCGGACCUGGUCUACCUGGACUGCAGCAACAAUUCCUUGAGCGAGAUCUCUCAGUCCACGUUUGGGAAUCUGCGCAAGUUAGCCUACCUUGACCUCUCGUUCAACAGCCUCACCCGCAUCGAGGACAGGACCUUCGCUCCUCUGGACAGUUUGGUCAUGCUGCGGAUGACGGAUAACCCGUUCCUCUUUGAGAUCCACCGGGACGCCUUUGCGGAGAACCUGGCCCUCCAGGUGCUCGAUGUGAGCCGGAACAACUUGACGGUGCUCAACGUCAGCACCCUGAUCUCGCUACCUGCCCUGCGCUCAGUGGGCCUCAGUGGCAACCCAUGGAGCUGUGAGUGCUUCACCGAGGAGCUGGCUGUGUGGGUCCACUUGGAGGGCUUCAAGUUUCAAGACGAAGGCCAGACCAUGUGCAGUUCCCCGGACGACCUGCAGGGCCUUCGCCUGGGUGAGGCGGGCAUCCAACUUGGGACGUUGUGCCGCCACACUUUGGGUUCCUGGGACUAUCUUUUCUUCGUCAUCAUCGGCUUUGUCAUCUUCGCAGCGGGCACCUUACUGGCCUGGGUCACGGGGGUCAUCAUGGUGGUUUACGAGCGCUAUAUCAAGACGAGAGAUGAGCAGCUGGAACUGGACGAGGAAGACGAAGGGGCCGCGGAGUCGGGGCGGACCCACGAGAAUGCUUUGUUAAAACACACUGUUACUGUUUAGCAGGUGCAAAUAAGAGCGAUGAUUGCAGCAGCAAGGUUCUCCACUUUCAGCUUCCUGGUGUCUUCUUACUGGCACUCACCUUCCUGGAACACGCCAAGCAGCAUUCAAUCGAAGUAACACUUUAUAUUAAAGUCUUCGAAAGGAGAAACUCAGGACUGAACGUGUGCGUGUCUGCUCUUUCUGGUUUGCAGCAGUCACCUCUGUAACUGGAGACCAGAAGGUCAUGAAGGUCAUUUUUUGCAUGACAAUCCUUUCACUUACACAAAAUGCACUUCACUGCGUGUAUGUGUGUUCAGUUAUUGGUGCAAUAUCUCUAUACGUGCGAUAUCUUUUUUUUUUUUUUUAAAUAAAUAUGUACAAGAAGGA